AUGUUGAAUAUGAAGUGCCUAAUAAAAAAUCCUUUGGUGCAUACAUUUCAAAUGCACAUUCUAAAGAUUCUAUUUGACAGCUUCACACUCGGUCGCUUCACAUCGUUUACGGAAGAUGGAUGCCCAGAUGGCUACAUGCAGAUACAAGAAGCCAGUAGACCCCAAGUGGGAGGCUCAUGGUGCGGGACAUCCUGGGGUCCAUCAAUUUACUACAGUGAAACAAAAUCAAUAACUCUUAUAAUUCGGCUUCUACACCUCUCCAAAGAACAAAACAACUACAACUUUGACUUCCGAAUGGCAUACAAAGUUUUAAGGAAGGAGUACGCGACAGUUCGGUAUGGAGGGAUGCCUCCCUCAGAGCGACCCUUUUUCAAAAUAAGACCCAUGCCAUAUCCCGUAAACAUAACGCGUGGAGAAGAUACGAACAUCGCGAGGCCAACUAAAGCCCGCGAGUAUUACCUCGGGGAUUUGAUUUCUGGGACUUAUUGCUCGAGAAUCUUCAGUGACUGCGAUCGUAAAAACUGUAGGUUACAAUCACCAAAUUUCCCUGGAGUUUAUCCGAGAAAUUUGACGUGCUACUACGCGGUACGACAGCACGAAGUACCUCAGGGGAAACAUGCCCUUAUUGUGGUUAAGCAACCAAAUGGGCAGCUGAUUUCGAUAAGAAGUCAGAAAGCGUUGUAUGCGACUAACCAACAAGAGCGGGGUAACAGUGGACGAGAGUUAAAAUUUUGGGAGCAAUGUGAUGAAGUUCAAGAUUAUGUGACCGUGUAUGAUGGCUACACGACGAGGGAUCCAGUAAUUUUAAGGUUUUGCGGAGGAGGAGUAUCAGUUCCGGAAGCAAUAUCGAGUGGUCCUGAGUUAUUAGUAGAAUUCACUACGUCACCUUUUGGAACCUUUUUGCAACCGGCAACUGCUCAAUCUUUGCAUGGAUUUCAAUUAGAAGUUGAGGUUAGAUUCGUCGAUCAACAAUCGCCGACCUACGCAAAAAAUAAGCGGGCUUGUGAGUUUUGGAUAAGAGGGACUGGCCGAGGUGUGUUGGAGCACCCUCAACACUCUUUACCGCCGAACACAACGUGUCUAUAUCAUAUGCAGGGAAUCGAUACUUCUGGUCCUUCGGGCAAGAAUAUAUUUUAUCGACGACAAUUUUCAGCUCCGAGAUUUCGUGUCUGGUUCUCAGUAUUAAAAUUUUAUGUGACGAACGCUCUCAAUCCGAAUUUGCCUGAAGAUGAGUACUGCGGAAGCCAUUUGAAUAUAUGGGAUGGACCCAUGAGAAUAUCGCCUGGCUGCAGCGAUAUUUUUUGUGACAAGGACCGCUCAGUACAAAUGUCUAGAGCCACCUCACCACAGUCGGUGAUAGUGGGUCGUCCUCCCACAAAUGCCACUUUAGUUGCGAGAUUCUGCCGUGAGAGGGCGCCAAGAACGUGUGAACAUGCGUUACUUAGAAGGUCGAGGGCCUGUGCUCGAACUGAAAGUUUUUUAUCAAAAGGCGAUUCUCUAACUUUAGAACUGAAAUUGACGCAAGGGACCGCUCUGAAACCAGUUUUCUUCAAAGCAUUAUACGAGUUCGUUGACCUGCACCAAGAUGGAGAGCAAUGGGGUCACGGUCCUUGUUCUAGGAGGUUUUCUUCUCGUUCUUUUCCCGAAGCACCACCGGACCCACCAGUAACAUUUUCAUCACCAAGAGAUGUUUUUCUCUAUGGGAGGGGAGGAAAUCGUAAUAUCAGCUGCACUUACCGAUUUGAAGCUAACCCUGGCGAGGUCGUACGGCUGAAGAUAUGGAGCGUCCGAAGUGGCGGAAGACUAUGCAGAUCUGUGCAUUCUGCUCACUCUCCGUGGUUCAGAUGUGGUGGCGAGGUCACGGCGGCUGUUAGAGUAUUCGACCGACCUUGGAAGGAUAGUGGGCCUGGGGUUCUACGGGAUUGUUUAUGCAGUGAUGUAUUUGACUACGAAUUUACAUCGACAUCAACUGUGGCUGAGUUGAAAUUUGACGUUGUGAAUAUGACAGCAAUGGAUGACUUCCGGUCUUUUGGAUUUGAGGCUUCAGUAGAGUUUGUGAGGGUCGAAUCCCAUUGUGAAGACACACACAGAGUCCAUGGACCGAGUGGAGAGUUACUUUUGUAUUCUUCUAUUAUGGGUAUGGAUCAUUGUGACCAGCGUCCUUGGUUGAUUGAUCCAUCACCUGGUCGCUACCUCUACUUGAGGAUUGAAGGCAGUAUCAUCAAAGAACCAGACUUGGAUAACUUCACUCUUCUCAAUAAUAUAACGGUCGCUCCAGAUCUGCGGCAUAUGUGCCGCACGCAGAACCGAAUAGCAGUGUAUACUGGAGGCCUAUCGCCGGUUUACAUUUGUCCACUGCCGCCCCAUAGACAGGAAGAGCAAAGCGUGGAAAUUUUCUCCGAUGGUUGGAUUAAAGAAGUGGACCCUCUAGCAAAGCAUGUGUUAGCCCCUCCGCCAUCACCGGACCAUUUUGACCUGGAUUGGCCCAGAUCCCUCUCCGUUGAGCUGAUGGGCGUUGAGAGUGGAUCCUACUUUGUGACAUGGCUGGAAUUGUCUAGGAGACAACCAACCGAACACGGUGGAGUGUUCGCGCUGUCGGGUGACUGUCGCUACCGCUGCCCAUCUAUAGAUGCGUGCAUAUCCCCUGCUCUAUGGUGCGACGGUAUUAGCCAAUGCCCUGACGGAGCUGAUGAGCGCCUUACACAAUGUUCCUCCUUUAUGAACGCUCCUUUCCAUUACCUAACAGGGCUGAUAGCGUUCAUCGCUUGUAUCGCCUUCAUUGUGGUCGCAGCAACUCGAAGUUGUCGGCGGCGCCGUUCAGCGCUCCAGCAGCGCCUCAAAAGUUUCUCCUCGGACACAGCAAUUUUCGAUGAGAAAGAAGUGAUUUGCUGA